AUGGCAGACGAAAUUUCCUACAGAUUGGAAAAUAUCAAGGCUACCAGCAUAGCCGCUGAUAAGAUUGACGAGACGUUCCGCUCGAGCUGUAUUGAUCUGGUCUCUGCGGGAUUGGAGGGCAAGGUGCUCGCAUUCUCAGAUCAAUGGUUCGCAGAUGCCUCGAACUUACUGACACCCACAGCCCCCAUCCGUCAACCAGGCAAGAUGGUCUACACAGGCGCCUGGUACGACGGGUGGGAGACAAGGAGGCAUAACCCGGAGCCCUUUGACUGGGUUGUGAUCCGUCUCGGUGUGGCCUCGGGCACAGUCGAGGGUGUCGAGGUUGACACUGCCUUCUUCUCUGGAAACCACGCUCCUCACAUCUCAGUCGAGGGGUGCUUCAGCUCUAACGACGAAGAGGUUGUGUCCUGGAAAGGAGGCCGAGGAGGAUGGGAGACGAUCCUCGGGAUUCAGGAAUGUGGCCCUUCCCAAAGAUUUGGCUGGAAGCUUGCUGAGCCCACUACCAAGCGAUUCACACAUGUCAGACUGAACAUGUACCCAGACGGUGGAAUCGCCAGGUUCCGCCUCUUUGGUCACGCGGUGCCGGUAUUCCCAGAGGACAAGGAGGCGAUCCUUGAUCUGGCUGCAGCACAGAACGGCGGUGUCGCUGUGUCGUGCAGUGACCAGCAUUUUGGCACCAAGGAUAACCUUUUGCUGCCGGGGCGAGGAAAGGAUAUGGGCGACGGCUGGGAAACCGCCCGAUCCCGAACCAAGGGCCAUGUUGACUGGACGAUUGUGCGCCUGGGCGCCCCAGCAUACAUACAGAGCUUCAUCGUUGACACAGCCUUCUUCCGCGGCAACUUUCCUCAAAAGGUGAAAAUCGAGGCUAUUGAGUGGAAGUCGGCAGGCGAGCCUCAAUCCGACGACAAGGGAUGGAUCGAAGUCGCGGAGCCCAGCAAAUGCGGUCCGGACCAGGAGCACAACCUAGGCUGCUCGUCACAAGACAAACCCUUCACGCAUGUCAAGCUCGUGAUGAUCCCGGAUGGAGGCGUCAAGCGUCUUCGCGUGCAUGGCAAGCGAGCCUUGUAG